AUGCAUCUGUAUGUGAAGAGCCCCACCGGCAGGACAAUCUGCCUCAGGGUCCAGCCAUCAGAUACCUUGUAUACUGUCAAGGCAAAGAUUCAGGAACAACACCGCCGUUUCUUUGAUGGAGUGCAACUAGAGGACAACCUUACAUUGGCUGAUUAUGGCAUCCAGCACCAGACUACGAUUGACCUCCAAGAAAACAUGCAAAUCUAUAUAAUGGAGACGGGAGCAGGCAAGAUGAUCACCCUCGAGGUUGACAGCUUGGAUACUAUUGACGAGGUGAAGACCAAGAUUCAAGAUAAGGAGGGCUUUCCCAAGGGUCAGCAGUGCCUCAUCUUUGCCAACAAGCAGCUGGAGGACGAUGACACCUUGGCAGACCUCAACAUUAUUAAGGAGUCCACUCUUCUCCUUGUCCUCCACCCUGUCAACCCAGGAGGUAAGAUGCCCAUCUACGUGCAGUGUUUAGAUGGAAAGACCAUCACUCUUGAUGUAGAGGGAUCAGACACCAUCGCCAAUGUCAAGAUGAUGAUCUAUCGGGUGGACGGCACUCGCCCCAUACAGCAACGCCUCAUCUUUUGUGCCAAGCAGCUGGAGGACGGUCGCACCCUGGCAGACUAUAACAUUCAGAGGGAAUCUACCCUCCAUUUGAUGCUCUGUCUUUGUGGUUGUUGAGAUGGAUUGCCAUGCCCAUUCAACGUCUCGCCGAGUAUUGUUUUAGUCCUUUUUUUAUGUCCAACAGUUGCGUCUCAUCACUGAACUAUUGUUGCAGUCUUGUUUCUUUGAAGUAGCGGUGUGCUAUCAGUUAAACUAU